GAACAAAGCGGAUUUUUUUCGCCGGAAAAGCUUCCCUAUCUGAUUGAAAACAAUUCAAGGGUUGCCAUCGAAGCAUUACUACAACUCAAAUCAUCCCCACAGAUUGGCAAAUAUUUAGAAACACUCUUGACUAUCAACGAUCCGGAACGGUCACAGCAAUCAUCAACAGAACCGGUGAACCGCAUGAGAUCUUCUAUGGAGAACAGGGAAGCUGCUGGAUUGUUCAGAUUCUUGCUGAAUUUACAAAGGGAUACUAUUAGUGAAGACGUCUUGGGUGAUUUAAAUGGUGGGGGCGAUAAUAAUAAUAAUGACGGUGAUAACAACGGGGAGCAUGGUGCCAACGGAGAUCUCGGGAAGUGUGAACUAUCAUAG